AUGUCGUCACUCAAGGCACCCUUCAAUCGCUUACCAAAUGAGCUAAAACUUCAGGUAUUCGAAGAACUAUACCAGGAUUCGAUGACAGGUCGACGAGACUACAUCAACGCACUGAAAGUCUGUCGCCAAUGGAAUGUGCUGGGAAUGCCACUACUCUGGACUUACAUUCCGAUCAACGAACGUAACAUUAUGCCAUUCGUCCGUUCACUUGAAGCGGCGCGACAAACGACAGGCGCUCUUGUGCGCAAUCUCUCUGUGCGGCUUAGUCCACAGACCUCCAACCCCAAUGCGGCGAAUUCCUUACGUCCCAUAGCUGCAUCAAAGCAACUCCCCGUACUUAUUGCCAGUCAGCUGAAAGAACUGACAUCAUUCUCAUUCGUCACCUCCAAUCUUCCGUUUGAUCCGCUCCUCCAAGGGUCCACGCUUAAAGCUUCAAUAUAUGCUGAACACGAAUUGGCAAUUCCGAUUGAACUUUGCGCCUCAAUGAUCAAUUCACUGCCACUGUCCUGCUCAACUCUUGAGUUUUCCGUGGAUGAUCUCGAGCCUGACGAGAACAGCGCCGAGGAGCGUAUCCAGAUGCCCGCCACUAAUCCCUUUUGCGAAGCGUUGAGAAGACGAGUACCUCACCUCGAGCAUCUGCGCAUUCAGGCAGACGAAAUCUCGCCCUUUGUGUUCGAUGUACUCAUGACAGGCCCGCCUUUGCCAAAAUUACAGACUUUAGUUCUGAGCCUGACGAGUUUGAAUAUUCCCAAUCAGCUGGGCAUGCAAUAUACCCACUUAGGCCCCAGAUAUGCACCCGUAGCCGAGAUAGGAUGGCUGAAUCCACAGGCUAAAGCACUUGCCUCAUUGCAAUGGCAAAAUAUCAUCACUCGGGAGCUGCAUACAUCCUGGCAAGCCGGUCGCUUUCCAUCGGUUACACAUCUCCUCGUUAUGGGCAAUCAGGACCCCGAAUCCAUCGCAGAUUACUUACGGCCGUUUGGCCGUUAUCAUGACGAGUACUGCCUUUAUACAGUCGAUGUCUUGCUUGGAGAGAUGGAAAUCACUCCAUUUGUACCUUUCGGCCACGGGUUGCGCUCCAACCACACUGGGACAGACCGUUAUCUGAAAACAGUAAUCUACCGUACGGGGGAUGGCCAGCUAAAGAUCCUAGACCACAACGCAGCAGGAAUACACCUCUGUACCAAUCGACUUUGGAAGACAAGUACGACAGGUAUCCGGGUCGUGAAGGAGACUAAAGAGAUGAGCAAGUACAAUCUCAAGUGGAUGGAGCCUAUGCAACAGGGCAUUCCUCUCGACACUUUCUGUGAAAAAAUCAUAGCUGAGAACGGCCCAGGUUCGGUGGUCGGAUACUAUCUUCGUUCUACUAUGAGCACCCUCCGCGGCGGAUGGAUCAAAAGCGGUAUUGUGGAGUGGUACCAUACGAUUGAUGACGAGACCGUGGAGUUUCUUGGACAGACAGAAGAGCAGGCAUGA